AGAAGGCUAACUUGACAGCAGCGCUUCUUUCUUAGCUAGUCACCGGCCCCGGCCCAAGAAGCCCUGUGUGUGUGUGUGUGUGGCCUGUGCAGAGAGGUGUUUCUCCUGGAAUCCCGAGGGUCCAUCGGAGCUUCCGAGAACUGGGGAGGAGCCAUCCCAGCCAUGACCCCCUGCGGGAAUCUGCCGGGGGGCAAGUGGCCGGGAGUCCUCACGCCCCUCCGGCUUCUCCGGAGGGAGAGGUGAGCCCUGGGCAGCCCGCCCACAGCCAGAGGUGCCGGGAGCCCUGGGCCUGUCAUGGUGGCCGUCCGCAGCCAGCCUGAGGCACUCCCAGACAGGUUUGCAGCUGAGCUUGUUUAUCUGGUGUGGGAAGAAGAUGGGGAGUUACUUGUCCGUCCCGGCUUACUUCACCUCCAGAGACCCCUUUCGGUGUUCAGAAUGCCAGGAUUCCCUCACCAACUGGUACUAUGAGAAGGAUGGGAAGCUUUACUGCCACAAGGACUACUGGGGGAAGUUUGGAGAGUUCUGCCAUGGGUGCUCUCUGCUGAUGACAGGGCCUGUCAUGGUGGCCGGGGAGUUCAAGUACCACCCAGAGUGCUUUGCCUGUAUGAGCUGCAAGGUGAUCAUUGAAGAUGGGGAUGCAUAUGCCCUGGUGCAGCACUCCACCCUCUACUGUGGGAAGUGCCAUAAUGAGGUGGUGUUGGCACCCAUGUUUGAGAGGCUCUCCACGGAGUCUGUUCAGGACCAGCUGCCCUACUCCGUCACACACAUCUCCAUGCCAGCCACCACCGAGGGCAGACGGGGCUUCUCCGUGUCCGUGGAAAGUGCCUGCUCCAACUAUGCCACCACUGUGCAAGUAAAAGAGGUCAACCGGAUGCACAUCAGUCCCAGCAACCGCAACGCCAUCCACCCCGGGGAUCGCAUCCUGGAGAUCAAUGGGAUCCCCGUCCGCACACUCCGAGUGGAAGAGGUAGAGGAUGCAAUUAACCAGACAAGCCAGACGCUUCAGCUCUUGAUUGAACAUGAUCCUGUCUCCCAGCGCCUGGACCAGCUGCGGCUGGAUGCACGACUCUCCCCCCACAUGCAGAAUGCCGGACACUCCCAUACCCUCAGCACCCUGGACACCAAGGAGAAUCUGGAAGGGACACUAAGGAGACGCUCCCUGAGGCGCAGUAACAGCAUCUCCAAGUCCCCUGGCCCCAGCUCCCCAAAGGAGCCCCUGCUCUUUAGUCGUGACAUCAGCCGCUCAGAAUCGCUUCGCUGUUCCAGCAGCAAUUCACAGCAGAUCUUCCGACCAUGUGACCUGAUCCACGGGGAGGUCCUGGGGAAGGGCUUCUUUGGGCAGGCCAUCAAGGUAACACACAAAGCCACUGGCAAAGUGAUGGUCAUGAAGGAGUUAAUUCGGUGUGAUGAGGAAACACAGAAGACUUUUCUGACUGAGGUGAAGGUGAUGCGCAGCCUGGACCACCCCAAUGUGCUGAAGUUCAUUGGUGUGCUAUACAAGGACAAGAAGCUGAACCUGUUGACAGAGUACAUUGAGGGGGGCACGCUGAAGGACUUUCUGCGCAGUGUGGACCCGUUUCCCUGGCAGCAGAAGGUCAGAUUUGCCAAAGGCAUCGCCUCUGGAAUGGCCUAUUUGCACUCCAUGUGCAUCAUCCACCGGGAUCUGAACUCACACAACUGCCUUAUCAAGCUGGACAAGACUGUGGUGGUGGCAGACUUUGGGCUGUCACGGCUUAUAGUUGAGGAGAGGAAAAAGCCCCCAGUGGAGAAGGCUACCACCAAGAAACGCACCUUGCGUAAGAAUGACCGCAAGAAGCGCUAUACAGUGGUGGGAAACCCCUACUGGAUGGCCCCUGAGAUGCUGAACGGAAAGAGCUACGAUGAGACGGUGGAUGUCUUCUCUUUUGGGAUCGUUCUCUGCGAGAUCAUCGGGCAGGUGUAUGCAGAUCCUGACUGCCUGCCCCGAACACUGGACUUUGGCCUCAACGUGAAGCUUUUCUGGGAAAAGUUUGUCCCCACAGACUGCCCCCCAGCCUUCUUUCCCCUGGCAGCUAUCUGCUGCAAACUGGAGCCCGAGAGCAGACCAGCAUUCUCAAAACUGGAGGACUCGUUUGAGGCUCUCUCCCUGUACCUGGGGGAACUGGGCAUCCCACUGCCUGCGGAGCUGGAAGAGCUGGACCACAAUGUGAGCAUGCAGUACGGCCUGACCCGGGACUCACCCCCCUAGCCCUGGCCCAGCCCCCUGCGGGGGGGCGUUCUGCAUCCACCAUUGCCCCCUCUGUGCGCCAUCCCUGCUGUGGGCAGGGCCGUCCGGGCUUCCUGUGAUUGGCAGCUUGUUUAGAAACAGAACAAGCCAUCCCUACUACCUCCCCAGGAGGCGAGCGGGCGCAGCACCAGGGAAACACAUCAAGGUUUGGGGGUCUGGUUACUGUCUGUAGAUCCAACACUCGCCUGAAAGCUGUGAAGAAAAAAAAAGAAAAAAAAAAAAGCCUGGCCCACGGGCCAGGAGGAAUCUGUUACUCGUGACCACUUGGGACCUCCCUGGCAUUGGGAUUCCAGGAGGCUCUUGCUUAUACUAAUGAGCAUGACCUGGACCUGCUGGGCAGGAUUCCAGGGUGAACCUGCCUGUGGGCUCUGAAGUCUGUAGUCCAGCUGGGUACAGGAGGACUUCCAAGUGGGAGUGUGGAUGAAAGACUGGUGGCCAGGCGGCUAUCCAAGGAUGUGAAGUGACAGUGGUGCUACCCACCCCUCUACUCUGUGUUCCACCCUCCUCUGGGGCAGGGGUUGAGGGAGCAAGUUUUGAAGAGUCCCUUAGUUUGUGGUGGAACUGGCCAGGAGUUAGGGGAAGGGCUAGUUUGCUCAUCUACCAGGCCUAGGGGCCACAUCAGUGUGAGGGGGAGCUUCCACCUCAUGUUCUCAAACUGUACUGCUAGAGGCUCGCUGAGAGCUCCUGGGCCUCUCUACCUGCAACAAGCACUCACCCACAAAUGCAGCAAGAGGCUGGGGCCUGGAAAGAAAGGGGCCCCGCCCUCUAGAAAGCCCGUAUCCUGGCUGCUGUCACGCAUACCCUGGUGGGCACCUCAGUCAGAAGCCCAAGACAUUUAGCUUAGUGCUAGAUAGGUUCUGGAGGAUUGUGUGGCUUGCCGCAGGCCCAGCGUAUGAGCCAAGAGAGUGGGAAUCUCAGCAGUCUCUUGGCCUUUCCCUUGUGGCAGCCAUUGCUCACCCUUCACCAUGCCUGGUCCAAGUAGCAACUUGGGCAGGACGAGGUGGUGGCAGAGUCCUGGAGCUGGGAUGCUGGGGAAGACUGCUCCCUGAGCUGGGCUUUCUGGCUUCUACCUCCCUUGUUGGUUGGCCCAGCUCAGUAGCUCCUUGUAGCUCCUGGCUGCAGCUUCCUGACAGCUAUGGGCACUGAAAAGCGCUGGAGGCACCCUCUACAUUGGCUCCCAGAACUCCAGGGACCCUUCAACACAACAAAAUUAGCCUCCUCCUAUGUGUCUGUGAGCUUGCACCGUAUUUAACAAAUUGGGAAUGGGUUUGGGAUACUACUGCAAUGUGUGGUGGUUGUGUUUUUUUGGGGGGGUGGGGGGAGGUAGUAGAGGAGUGAUCCAGGCGAGUGGUUGAUGUUAAUACUGUUUUGUUGCUGUAUCUGUUGGGUGAUAUGUGAAAUACUGUACAUAGGCCUGAUAAGUUGUGGGAUUAGAUGUCCUCUCUGGACAGAGUUUACCUGCUAUAUAGACCAUACUUACAUGUGGAGUGUGCAAGCUUGCUGUAGGGUUGAGCCCUGGCUCUGAGCAACCCUAAGUCAGAAUUUUGUGGCUGGUUGUGCCUCAGCUGUCCCCAGCAAGCAUGGGAGUGGUGGGCCCUGGUGGGCCAUUGAGUAGACCAAAUAAAUUAAGCAGUUAACAUAAGUGAUGUUACUGAGAAUAAAAAAUUGACUUGGGGCCUGACUCAGCAGGAGGAGGAUACAUGGGGGUUCUGCUGGCCAACUUUCAGGAGCCUGCUCCAUGACUCCCCACAGCAGGGGACUACUCAUGCCCCGCCCCACCCCCAACUCUAAUUCCCUCUUAUAUAGACACCAGUCUGCUCCAGGGAACAAGUGCUUCCCACCUGAGGCAACCCAGUCCUUGAAGCAGGUCUGACUGUCGUGUGGGCCCAGUCCUUCCUUUGGGGCCAUACACUUCCACCCUCUGAUGCACGUACAUUCCUGUAAGCCUGGAUAUCCUCCCUGCAGAGCCGGGUGCCACCUUCAUAAAGGGAAGAAAUGAAUGCAAGUCACCUCCACCCCUUGUGUUUUUCUUCAAGUGCUUGAGAGAAGACCUGGCCUUGCUUGGCCAUCUCCCCACAUGGGAGAUGUGGGGCACUGGACAGGAUGAUAUCUGGCUAGUGGGAUCCUGGGCACAGUAUAAAUCCGUAUACCCGAAGGUGAUUUCGCCCAAAGCUCAGGGAGUUCAAUUUAAGGACAGAAUCUGGUUCUUGGCAAAACUGGUAAGCCAGGGUACCCCUUGUUUGUAGAACUACAGAGCAAUGUCUAGGCAUGGGCAGAGAUCACCCUGGGUGUUCCUAGAGGCAGAGAACGUGUUGCUGAAAUCUCAUGCUGAAAAAGUCCAACAACUUCCCAUUGGUAGCUUCUUCUAGAGCCCUAGGGGUCACCCCCACAGGGGCCUUCCUCUACCUAGAGCUGCUCCCUGCAGCCCAAGGACCCACCCUCUCUGCACACCCAUCCCUUCCUUUGGCUGCUGCAGCAGCACCACCACCCAUCACUUCUGUCUCCAGCACCUGCGAAGGGCUGCCUGGAUGUUCAUUUUAACUACCUCCACCUCGGGAAGAAUGCUGAGGGGGAAGAAGAUUUGCAGUGACCAAACUGCCUGUGGGGAGGCCAGCAUACCCAUCUUUCCUACAGUGUCAACCUGAAUGAUUCCUAGUGAAGACAGAAGGCAGGGGCAGCAGCUACCCACCAGUUGUUGCCGCCUCCCAGUUACAGGGCCAGGGUUAAUGACAGAAAGCCAGCGCUUGCCACACAGGUGUGGACAAGGUAACCAAAAACCAAUCAACUUAGGGGAGGAGUGUCCUGGCACCCCAUAAAAACUUGGCAAUACAGAGUUUUGGGUUUUUUGUUUUUUGUUUUUUUAAUUUAUACAAGUCAAAUGCAGAGCAAUUUCCUGCACUUUAUAUGCAGGUAUCAGAAUGAGGUAUAUAAAACAUGUACACAGAGAAAUGCUUUUAUAGAAAAGUAGAAACCAGUAAUGUACUGUUCUUCAGUAUCACUAACACCAGGGGACCCAUGAAGCCUAGGUCCCCUCAGUAAACCACUCCCAGGAAUAGUCUGCUGAAGAGAAUGGGCCCUACUGACCCCCCCCCUCUCCCAUGUGGGACAGUGGAAGGGCUUUGGGAAGGAAGCUCUGGAUAGGGAGCACUGCUAAGGCCUCCAAGUGUGACAUCAGGGCUUGGAGGCCCUGCUGAGCCAUUGGCUCAGUGUGGCACAGUGCUGUGGAGAAAUGUUACUCUCCUCUUGGCCAUGCCAGUAGCUUGCUGUAUGACCUUGGGCAUCACUUUCCCCCUGUGGGCCCCUGUGUCCAAAAGGCUUGAGGAACCCUAAGGUCCCUUCCAAUGGUUGAUUGUUUUACAAGUUAGGGGUGCACUGGCCUGGAGGCCACAGAGCCACCUGCAAACUCAAGCCCUGAAGCACUUUAUUACCUUGACUCUGAGCUAAGUUUCUGAGUUAACCUCUCAGAAGCAGCUCACAAGGCCCCACAGUGUAAUUCCCGUAGGUUAGUUGGCUCUUGUCUUACCCCUGAAAAACAAAAAGAGGUCAUUGUCCACCCUGAACAGAGACUGUCUAGGGUACCCCAGGCCUCCCUCAGGUCCUGUGGCCUAAAGCGGCUGCGGAUCCUUCUCUACCCUCUUCCCAAGUGGAAUGUUCAGUGCGAUUCUUCCUUUCCUUUUGAAAUAGGAAGAGUCCCUGGGCCCCGGGCCAGCCCAUGGUUAUCAAGGCACAUCACCGCCAGCAAGCUGGAGCACCCCCAGGAGCCCCUAGCCUAGAUCCCAUUCUCAACCCACAGUUUUGACUUUUGUACGAACUCAUUUCUGGUUCUCAGAGGUCAGUAGGGAGUUCCAUCCCAACUAUUUUAAAAACUGUAUUUUUUAAAUACUGCCUCUUGACCGCUUGACCUGAACUAUGGAUAACAGUAUGCGCCACUCAAGCCCACAGAGAGCAAACGGAAGGGCGGAGACCGAGGCCAUCUUAGAUAAUAAAGCACAGAGGAGCCUGGGGGAGCUCCUUGUCUGUCCCUGGUUCAGCUCCAGGGCACAGGCAAUGUUUGGAAGCCCUUGUCAGCAGCACUGCCGUGGGGGCUGCCGCUGUCUCCAUCCACAGGCAAAAUCCUGCUCCAGGGGAUGGAGGAGGAGCAUUGGUAGGACCCUACCCAGCCGCGCCCUCAGCACAACACCUGUUUCUGUUUUAGAAUUCACAAAAAAAAAAAAAAAAAAGUUGAGGGAGGGUUUUAACCACAACAAAAAGUGUAGAUCCUCCCAACUGUAGGAGGGUAGGCUGUCCUGCACCAGUAUCUGCAUGGGCUCCUGCCCAUUAUUGGUGGCUCAUGCCCCAGGAGUGCCCGCCUGACCCAUGAGGGGGGUGCUGCCCUCCUGAAGGUCCACUGGAGUCUGGUUGGUGUGGACCACAAUAGUCUUCUCAUCCACGAUCUCACAGGUAGGGUUGGUGAAAGCAGACAAGGGCAGGGUAAUUCGCUGCAUCUCCCUCUCACACACUUGCUGGUCAUGCUGCUCUUUCAGGUCCUUCCCCCUGGCAAGAAAAGAAGGAAGCAUUCAGGCUGUGCCUCCUGCAUGGCUUUGCUCAUUAAAUAGCAUUGCUGCACCCAGGCAGGGGCGAGGGCUAAGCAUGGUCAGAGCGAAUCAGUGGCUGAUGUAUGAGAUUUCCAUUCUGCCAGACUGCCUUAACAAGAAGCUCCUACACCUCUGGUCUCUGCUUCCUCAUCUGUUAAACUAGUGUAUAGUAGCAUGAACCUCACCACAGCUGCAGACAGGCUCAGUGAAGAUAGUGUGACUGAAAGCAAUAUAUGGUUUUGUUCUUUCAGCCACGGGCUCCAAGAGACCCAGAGAACCAUCUCAG